GGCCAUCAUUGAGGUCGCUGAGCGGGUGGCGGUGGUGGGGUGCGGGUGGCGGUGAGCGGCUGCGGCCUUAGAAGCGCUGUAGGCGUUACGGGCUUUAUAAACGCGGCGCGUCCCCGCGGGACACCAUGGUGAAGGAGACGGAGUACUACGACAUCCUGCAGGUGAAGCCCACCGCCUCCUCCGAGGAGAUCAAGCGCGCCUACCGCAAGCUGGCGCUGAAGUACCACCCCGACAAGAACCCCAGCGAGGGCGAACGGUUUAAACUCAUAUCCCAGGCAUAUGAAGUUCUGUCGGACCCAAAGAAAAGGGACCUCUAUGACCAGGGUGGGGAGCAGGCUAUUAAAGAAGGAGGCCUGAGUGGCGGCAGCUUCUCUUCACCCAUGGACAUCUUUGACAUGUUCUUUGGUGGUGGAGGCCGAAUGAAUAGAGAGAGAAGAGGCAAGAAUGUUGUGCACCAGCUAGGUGUAUCUCUUGAAGACUUAUAUAAUGGUGUUACAAGGAAACUGGCACUGCAAAAAAAUGUUAUUUGUGGGAAAUGUGAAGGUUACGGUGGAAAGAGAGGUGCAGUAGAGAAGUGCCCUGUAUGUAAAGGAAGAGGAAUGCAAGUUCUUGUUCAGCAGAUAGGACCUGGCAUGGUACAGCAAAUCCAAACUGUUUGUCCAGAAUGCAAAGGCCAAGGUGAAAGAAUAAAUCCAAAGGACAGGUGUGACAACUGCAAUGGAUGUAAGGUUGUAAGAGAGAAAAAGAUCAUAGAAGUUCAUGUUGAUAAAGGUAUGAAAGAUGGUCAAAAGAUAGUGUUUCAUGGAGAAGGUGACCAGGAGCCUGAUCUGGAGCCUGGUGAUGUUAUAAUUGUGCUUGAUCAAAAGGAUCAUGGUGUUUUUCAGAGACGAGGCCAUGACUUAGUUACAAAAAUGAGAAUUCAACUCUCAGAGGCUUUAUGUGGUUUCAAAAAGACUAUUGAAACUCUUGAUAACAGAGUCCUUGUCAUAUCAUCUAGACCAGGUGAAGUGAUAAAACAUGGUGACCUGAAGUGUAUCUACAACGAAGGGAUGCCUAUCUACAAAUCUCCAAUGGACAAAGGCAGCUUAAUUAUACAGUUUUUGGUCCAGUUUCCAGAGCAGCACUGGCUUCCAAGGGAGAAACUCAAUAUGCUGGAGGCUCUGCUUCCUCCAAGAGAAGAUGUUAUGAUUACGGAUGAGAUGGAUCAAGUAGACCUUGAAGACUUCGACCCAAGUGAGCAAACCUACCGUAACAGUGGAGGAGAAGCAUAUGAAGAAGAUGAGGAGGGUCCAAGAACAGGUGUACAGUGUCAGACAUCUUAAAUUGAGGUACGAAGCCAGUAAAAGAAAGAAAUGCUGGCAGUUAGCAAAGCACUGAAGACACAGGAGAAACAUGCAGAUAAAAGAAUGUAACGUGGAUCAACGUGUCUUGUGAGUGAAUUAAAAAGCCUUCCAAGGGCAAGGUAAUGUGUUUACCUGGCACAAUGUAACUCAGGCACUUCUGCAGGCCUAAUAUUAAUUACCUAAAGCACUCCAAAAUUGUUCUUAAAUAAAGGAUUUGUCUAUGGAUCAGUGAAAUAUUCAGAAUAAGACAAUAAUGAAAUAACCUGCAUUUCAACUUGGAGAAUGCAACAUCAAUCAACAGACUUCAGCUUUACUGUAAUUUGACUUGUUCCCUUAGGCCUGGAGACGCUGCAUAAAGAAGCAUCGUGUAUACAGCUCAAAUUAAAUGCACGACUAGCUACCAUUCUUCCCUUCCUUUAGAGCACCUUUCUAUUGUGCUGAUCCUUUCUCGUUCCACCUCUGGUGAAACACCUCUUCCCAUCACAUUGAUCUGUCCAAUUGGUACAGUACCUACCAAAAAGCGUAUCCAGAUGUAUCCAGAAAGCGUUAAUAAUGUGUAAAUGUAAAACUGCCCAAUACUACUUCAUGAUGAGUUGGGAAAAGUCAUUAAGAAUUUAAGGUUUUGCAAACAAAGAAGGAUUAAAGAAAAAUUCCAGCCACCUCAUGUACUGUUAUGCACUGUGCAGUAUUUACCACCUAGUGUUAGCACACAUCUCACACACAGACAGCUUAACACUGGUACCUUACCAGGACCAGCAUCUAUCGACUUGAUCUGUUUGCCAGUUUCUAAAUCCCAAAGGCGGAUGUGGGCAUCUAGGGAGCUGGAUGCUGCAAUGGAACCCGUGUGGCUGAUAUCCACAGACACCACACCCAGCUGGUGACCCUCCAACGUCCACUGCAGAUCCAGUUUUUCAUCAUUCCUUUUGUGACAGGGAAAAAAAGAGUUACAAAUAGCUGGGGGGUACUUGACCAACCACAAACCUCAGACAGAACAAACAAGAUAACCCACAGUUCUCCAUUUCACUCAGCCAGGGGACAAUCUAAGUGAAAAGCAAAGAUAGAGAUGCACAAAUUGUCUAUGGCACUCAAAGGAAAGAACAAACAAAUCAACUACUUACCAUAUUUAUGCAAUGUAAGCACUUCAUUUUACAUUUCUAAGUAUUCCCACAGAAAUCACCAUUCCACAGCAAUAUACGAGUACUUACACAACAGACUUCAUCUGCCACCACAGCAUGGCUAACAUUUUUAUAUCACAACAGAGCAGCUCAAGUAAUUAAAGUGAUGCACAUGCCUAUCUUUCUCCGACUAAAGGAGAGAAAAAAUUCUUUGCCAAAGUACCCAUCAGUGUUACUUUAUGAGGAUUAUGAGGACUUAUUUUUUUUAUAAGAAAGGAAGGUGACAUUUCCUUUUUUAUUUUGCUCCCAUUAUUCAUUUUGCAGUAGACACAUUCCUUCCCAAUGCAUUACCUCAUAAAAAGUUGCAUUUCUAAUUCUUUGGCUUCAAAAUGCAACAAGUCCUACCACCAUCUGGUAAAAGACAUGGAAAAUAUGAUGUGUAUUUUCAACAGGGUUUGUGUUCUUAAAAAUUGAAAGCACUCUGGAAUGCUACCACUCCAGGAGAAAAAGAUAAGGUCUACGCAAGAAAAGAGCUGUAUGCUAUGCUACCCCUUCCUUGAUGCAGUUUCUAACAUCCUUGUAGGCUGUGCCAAAUUAAGACUGCUGCAACUCCAUAUCAACUUCCCAGGAUUAAAACUGCUCAUACCAUCCAAUACAAAGCACUUCACUUACCACUUCCAGACCUUCACUAGAUCAUCCAAAGAACCAGAGAUCACUGUUUCAGAACUGUCUUUUUUAUUCUUUCCCCAGGCAACUGACCAGAUGGCAUCAUCAUGAGCUAAAAGAGAAUGAAAGCAUGGAAACUAAAAGUUAAAGUACUUUCUUUUGAUGUAAGACAGCAACCAGUUUUUACUUCCCGCUAACAUUCAGAGCAGAUAGGCCAAUGAAUAUCUGGAUGUGACACAGUUACAUGCCUGAGGCAAACACAUAUACAGACUGUUCCUAGAAAAGGGAGAAUUGCUAAGCUCAUGCAGAAGCAAUAUUUUACACACAGAAAGCUCCAAAUAAGAAAGCCUAAUGCAAGAGGAGCACCAUCUCAAUGCAGAACCCUUCUUUAUUACCAUUCUCACAUAGAUAUCUGUAUCUUAAUCAAUGAAAUAAUAAGCAAUUGUAAUAAAUCUGGGUUAUCUAGUUUACAACUAAGCUAUCUCUCUGACUGGGAGCCCUGGGAGGUCCCAUCCCAUUUUUCUGUUAGUUUUUUUUAAUUAUUUUAUCUCCUUAUACCCUAAAUAACUUAUGUAUAUGCCAACCUGCCAUUGUUACUUAUAUUGCUUACUCUCCUAGUCAUCUUGUUCUCUGUCUCUCUCUCAAUUAUGUGAUACUGCUACUUCAUGGGCUGUCUCCUAAUUAGCAUUAAUUAUCUUGUAAGUAGUUUAGUAGCCCUUAGGUGUACUAAAAGGGCUAAGAUUAUACUGCUAUAUACUGCUAUAUAUAUAUAUAUACUGCUAUUAUACUGCUAUAUAUUCAUCUGCUGUAACCUAUCUGAUGAAGACACCAGAGUCAUCCAGCAAGACAAACUUGAAACACAUCCAGAGUUCAUCUUCACAGCAGUUAAUCCCAGCAGAUUGGAAGCUCUAUUGCAUCUUGAAGUACUUCGUUAAAAACAAAACAGACCCUUUCCCCCAGCAAGGAGAUUAAAACAGGAAAUUGCUC